AAAACGGACGGUUCUAGAACGAUUCCAAAUAAUCGCACAAUAAAAAAAAUUACAGCGCCUCGGUUAGAACAAAUUUCAAUAAUAAACUGUGCGAUUGUAUUGAACUGUUCUAGAACCGUCCUUUUUUCAAACCUGAAUAGGCAUAAUGUUGUAUAAAAUGAAAUAUUUUUAUUAUGAAAUAGGUUUUUUCAUUUGUAGCCCUUACGAUGUCGUUCAAAAAUCGAACAAAGCUAAUAAUAAAUGAAGCAAAAAAACAAUAUACAGGUAUAGAACAAGGAACCAGGCCAAUUCAAAAAAAAAUUGAAAUCAUUGAGUCGGGAAAUGCUCUGAAGGAAAUAAAUGAAAAUAAAACAAAAGAGGACUAUAUUGAAGCUGAAAAUCGCAAAGAUACAGAAAUAAGCUAUGUGAUAGAAAAUUUCAAUGAAGAUGAGCUUAAAGAUUCCCCUGACCCUAAUAUUUUAGAUGAGUCAAAUAUUGUAGUUGAUAACGCGACUGAAAAUAGAACAACCCAAAGCUCUGCCUCAUCUUGCUCGACAAAUGAAGGAAAAGAACAAUAUACAGGUAUAGAACAAGGAACCACGCCAAUUGAAAAAAAAAUUGAAAUCAUUGAGUCGGAAAAUGCUGUGAAGGAAAUAAAUGAAAAUAAAACAAAAGAGGACUAUAUUGAAGCUGAAAAUCUCAAAGAUUCAGAAAUCAGCUAUGUGAUAGAAAAUUUCAAUGAAGAUGAGCUUAAAGAUUCCCCUAACCCCAAUAUAUUAGAUGAGUCAAAUAUUGUGGUUGAUAACGAGACUGAAAAUAGAACAGCCCAAAGCUCUGCCUCAUCUUCCUCGACAAGCUCGCCAUCGUCAUCUCGCUCAUCUUCCUCGAGCAGUUCAUCAUCGUCAUCCCGCUCAUCUUCCUCAAGAAAUUCAUCGUCAUCUCCCUCAAUCGAAAGUGAGCCUUACGGUUCAGAUGAUAGCGUUCAAGACCCUACCUACAACACAUCUUCAGAUUCAGAUACUGAAAACAGAGAGCCUCUUGAAAUACAGGUUAAAAAAAAAAGAAAAAUAAAAGAUCCGUGUACCAAGGAGCGAAUUGGUAAGAAAAGAAAAGUGGACCCCAAAAUUUGGCAAAAGAAUUUAGCAAAAAAACUCAGAAACAGUGGAGAGGGUUAUGUAUCUCUGGGCCUAGUAAAAAAUCAAGAUGGUAGUAAGCACGUGGUAAAAAAACAACGUCCACCAAGAAGACUUUUACCUCCAUGUGGUAAUAAAUGUAAGCUAAAAUGUUCUGAAAAAUUACUUGAAGACAAAAGAGCUAAGAUAUUCAAAGAUUACUGGGAAUUAGGUGAUAUCGAGAAGCAAAGAGAAUUUAUUUCUUCUAACAUGAAAACUGUCGCACCAAAAUACAAAUAUAGUAACGCUGAAAAUCCUCGACAACCGAAUAAUGCUUACUAUUUUGUAGUUGAUGAUAAAAACAUACGUGUUUGCAAAUUUUUUUUUAUGGCGACUUUGUCAAUAAACAAUAGAGUAAUACAAACUGUUAUAAUGAAACAGAAGCAUUGCGAAAGUGGAAAAGUAGUAGCGAGUGACAAGCGGGGAAAACAUGGGAAUCACCACAAAGUUGACGAGGAAAUAAAAAAUGGUAUAAGACAUCACAUCAAAUCAAUACCGCGAGUUGAAAGCCAUUAUUGCCGCUCACAUUCAAAAAAAGAAUACAUAGAGGGAAAUAAAACAAUGGCAGACUUACAUCGCGACUAUAAGAAGUUGUGUGUAGACCAAAAUACGGCAGCGGGAAAUUACAUUAUAUAUUGUAAAAUUUUUAAUGAAGAAUUUAAUAUUACUUUCCACUUACCCAAAAAGGAUCAGUGCGAAAUAUGUUUGCAAUACAAAAUUGGCAAUGAAGAAGAGAAACAGGGAUUAACAGAAAAGUAUGAGAGACACAUUAUGGAAAAAGACUUAAGUAGGCUAGAAAAAGAAGGCGACAAAAAUGGGGAUGACUACAAAAGUAAUAGUGUAUGA